AUGUACCAGGUACGAUUCGCUUGCGCAAGACCAUCCAGCUCCCAUUUCGAAACAUCCUCACUGCACUCGCUGGUCAAUUGCAGUGAUAAAAGAUAUGGUCUCACUGGCGGUUGGAUGGGUGUGUGGUGCCGUUUCGCGCUACAUGUCCCGACCGAUUAUGGUCCAUCUAUCAUAUGUUACCGUAGUGAGUUGCGUUGUGUCAGUGAUCGCCAUCAUCUUCGUCUUCGGGUAGAAAUGACACCCGCCCUUCCAGCGCUAUCCAUCAUCGUAUCACCCUAA